AUGUUACAAUCUGCCCCUGCCCUCAGGGAAGGAGUGCUGGAUGGAUUGAGAUGGAAUGCAGAUAAGUCAGGAGUGUUUACUGUAGCAUCUGCUUACAAGUGGAAUGAAGUUUCAUCUGGUGUUUUUGCAAAAUUAGGGGCUUUCAUUUGGAAGAAUGUGGCUCCACCGAAGAUGCAAUUUUUUGGGUGUUGGAGGAUUUGGUCCAAUGUUAUUAAUUGGUGGGGAGUAUCUUGGAUGUUGUCGGGGUCAGUGUCACGUCUUUUGCAGUGGUGGGAUGGGUAUAGUUUCAACAAAAAGGAAAAGGUCAUCUGGAAGAUUAUUCCAUUGGCGGUGCUCUGGUCCAUAUGGAGGCAGAGAAAUGAACUGAUUUUUAGUGGCACCCAUGUGGAUUUGGAAAGGUUGCGUGAACUUAUCAAAAUUAGGAUUGCUUUGUGGUUUAGAGCCUCAAACCCUUCUUUCUGUUACUCAGUCACUGAUAUUGUGCACAAGUUGCAGCAGGUGAAGUUCUGCCUUAUGUCCUGA